AUGCUGAAAGGGGAUACAAUUAUUAAAGAAAAACAAAAACAAAUAGCUGCAGUAUUGACUGCUAUUGGCUCUGGUUUAGAGUCCAUAUUAAAGAACGGAGACAAAAUAGAAAUAAUCCGUAACAUAAAUGAUGCAUCCAAACUAUUAUGUGAUUAUUUUCAAUCUGAGACCAAUAAUAGAAAAAUUUUAAUUACUAAUGCAGUUAAUCACAACCUUAAAGAGACUCUAAAGGGGGACUCAGAUAUGUUCUUAUUCGGAACAAAUUUAGCAGAAAGAAUAAAGAAUGCAAAAAUUAUACAGAGAUCUGGAAAAGAUCUGAAAGAAAAACAGGAGCGACUUAAGGGGCCAACAAAGACUUUAAACUGGCGGGGCCCUCCUCAGUUGAGCACCAGGCUGGGGGGGAAGAGAGUAACCAAGCCCAAAACCAAGCAGCAGCAACAACAACAGAAACCACUGCCUCCUCGACGAUAUUAG